AUGGUCAAAUCUGCCGAAAUGCAGAACCCCCUAUCCUGGACUUCGCUGGGCUUUACGCUCGAUGACUUCGACAUUGUGCAUAUUCCCGGCGGUCACGACAAGGAAGUGAGGCAGCUCAUGGACUCGACCACCGCGCAGAAGCUGCUGGCCGAUUACUUCCCCCAAACCAAGAAGCCGGGCAAAAAGAUUGUCACGGCUAUCUGCCACGGUCCGCUGGUGCUCUGCAACACCAAGGGCCAGGACGGUAACAGUGUUCUGUAUCACUGCACGACGACGGCACUCCCCGGAUGCUUCGAGUCGCUGGCGUAUCAUGGAACCAGGCUAUUUCUGGGCGACUACUAUAAGACAUACGGUGCGGGCACAGAGAAUGUCGAGGAUUCGAUGCGCAAAGUGGUGAAAGAUCCCAGUCAGUUCAAGAGCAGCUGGAUGCCCAGCCGACCCUUCGUCGUGAAAGACACAGAGUACAACUAUAUCAGCGCGCGCUUUCCUCCCGAUGCGGCAAAACUAGCCGAAAUGACUGUCAACCUUGCCCAUCUCAUACACGUUGAAGGCUUCAAGGGUCAAGACCCGACUACGGCAUAA